AAUUGUCACAGAGUAGGGAGUUAAAGAAGUAUACAAGGAGUAUAACCUGGAUGUACCACGGAACAAUGUGGUAGCAAUAGGGGAAUCAAACAAGGAAUGAGAGAUAAGCAAGCACAACAGAAUACCAACCCUUCCAUUAUAUUAUUAUACACCGUAUCGAACACCAUAGUAUCUCUGAUAUACAAGCGGAUGUCUUUCCGAUACCACCUUAGGGGGUUUGCCGCGGGAAAGGCCCGAGUUUUCCGCCCCGAUAUCUAUCGCUCCCAACGUCGUGGAUCUGGGCCUUUUCCGCUGAUAACCUUGUGGAAUCGAGCAAAACCAUCGAUUGGCCAUGACAUAACAUAAACCCUGCCCAUGGGGUCGAGCGUGAGGAAACAGAAACCUUGCACGCCAGCUUUAUCGAGCGCAAUCGGGAAAAGCUUCGCGACGUUUCCCUGACCCUUGCGUC